UUAUAUCUUAAUGUUUUCAGUUUGAAUUUCAACUCCAAAUCACAUUUUCUUCAUCAAUCCUACAACCCCACCUUCAACAAUGCCUCUCGAAACAAACAAGCCCGAUCAAUCCAACGUUGAAGGAGAUAAACAAAAACACUUCAACAAAGAAAUCAAAGACAUGGUCUCUUCCAUAACUCGCCGCGUAACCGCUAUUCAUAAACCCGGUUCGAGUCACCACAGAGGUACCGAUGAUGACGACGAACACAGAGUGGGAAUUAUCACGCUAGCUGGAAACAACGUUGGAGCCACAAUGCGAAGCGAGUUGGACGAGAAAUCCAGUCCUCAAUACAGGAUUUCAGUCGGAGACGAUGAGGCUGAUGCGAUGAGUACCUAUGUGAACAGCAAUUUCCAAGCUGUUAACAAUUCGAUGAUGCUCAGCAGCAGCUACACUGCCAAUGAUCCAGGAGUCCAUUUGGACAUCUCGGGUGUUGGUGAACACGAGGGCAAGAAACCAGCAGAUAAGACAAGGAGAAGGGGAAAGGAAAAAAGAGAAGGAUUCCUCCAAAAGUGAAGGGUGACUAGUAAGUUAAUGCAUAAAAUAAAAUCUUUGUAUUGCUUUACUAUAUCAAAGAUUAUGUUUGCAUGAAAGCAUAUGUAUGUAAAAGGUGAAGUAUUUCCAUAGCAUAGUUAUGUCUUCCAUAUAGAUACCAUAUGGCUUGUAUUGCUAGCCAAGGUCUUGGGUGUCAAACAUACAAAUAAUGAUGAAAGUGUUGGAACUUUCAAGUUCAUAUGUUGUUUUUUUUUUUAGAAGUUGUUUGAGUUUUAACUCAAAAAUCACUAUAAUUAAAACUAGAUUCCAAUAAAUAA